CACGUGUCACUUCCUCGUUGCUCCUUCUUUUUUUUUCCCCUCACAAUCACAAGCCCUGUUCUGUGUCUGAGCUUUCACUUCUUCUAACUUCCAACUUAUUAUCCACUUCUCUUCCCUUUUUCUGUAAAUUUCACACCCAACAAAAAAAAACUUUUUUUUCCCUCAGAAAAAACCAUUUUCCUUGGGGGGUCUUGUUUUGUUUGGUUGAUUUUUCAUUGCUUAUGUUUUUGUUGCUACUAAAUUGUAGUGGUACAAGAAAAAGCCUCUCUUUCUAUUUGGAAAAGGAUCUUGUGGAUAGAGAGGGUUUUGUUUUGUGAUUUGGAGAUGUGGAUUAGUGGUUGAUGAAGUGAACAAUCAAGGCCUUGUUUGUGUGAUGAAUUGACUUUUGGAUCAAGGUGGGCCAUUUUUGUGCACAAUUUGUUUGAUUCUGUUUCUAGCUUUCUAAGGAGAGGUGGGAGGGUGGGACAUGUGAUUUUGUUGUUGUGUUGUACUUUUGUUAUUUGGGGAUUUGUAUUGAGCAAGAGGAGUUUUAGUACUUGGGUGUUGCGAUCUGGUUGUGAGUGAGGGUAGUAGUAUUCGAGGGCAAAGUUGAGGAAGUUUGGCUCUGUCAAAAGGGAGGAGAAGAUCUUGACAAGUGGUUUCUGCAGCUAUGGCGAUUCAAGAUGAAAAUGGAUUUAACAUAUCACAAAGUGGUUCUCCAUUAGGAAAUGGAGUAUCUUUGAGUUCUGGAGUGCAUUCUGUUACACAUAUUCAACUUCAUGAUCAGUUUUCUUGCGGGAAUGACUAUGCUCUGAAGGUGAGGAAACCAUAUACCAUCACCAAACAGAGAGAGCGAUGGACCGAUGAAGAGCAUAAGAAGUUCCUUGAAGCUCUAAAGCUGCAUGGCCGGGCCUGGCGACGUAUUGAAGAACAUGUCGGCACAAAGACUGCUGUUCAGAUUCGAAGUCAUGCUCAGAAGUUUUUUUCUAAGGUUCUUCGCGACCCUACUGGGAACACUACAAAAACAGUGGAAUCAAUUGAAAUUCCGCCUCCAAGACCGAAGCGAAAGCCGAUGCAUCCUUACCCUCGGAAGCUAGUUGAGGCUCCUAAUAAGGAAAUUUUGAUCCCAGGAGAACUUAUGAAGUCUAGUUCUCUAAAGUCAUCAGAUUUUGAUCAAGAAAACCAGUCUCCAAAAUCAGUAUUAUCUGCACUUGGUUCAGACAGCCUUGGCUCCUCUGAUUCAGACACACCAAAUGGAAGUUUGUCUCCCAUGUCAUCCAUUAGCGGCGUCCAUACAAGCAGUUUUACCCAGGCUGAACCCAAAACAACGUCCGAGGAAGCUGGCCUAAACACUGACUCAUCUCAUGAUCAGAAACCUCUCAUGAAAUUCAAGCUUCCUCCAAAUGAAAGUAUGUCCAUCGAAGAAGACACAUCGGAAGAAUCUUCCAGACGGACUUUCAAACUUUUUGGAAUGACUCUAACGGUAACGGAUACCUGCAAACCUUCUUCUCUAACAAUUGAGGCAUGCAAACCAAUACCUCCAAACAUAAACAAGGGGGAUGGAAAAUUGGAACUUGUUGGCCACAGCACACCAUGUGAAACAUCAGCCAUAUCUCAGCUAAAGGUGAGAGUGAAACCUGAAAGAUGUGGGAAAGGGUUUGUGCCAUAUAAGAGGUGCAUGGCAGGGAGAGAAAACAGGUCUUCAUCUGUGACAGAUGAUGAUAGAGAAGAGCAAUGCAUGGACCUUUCGUUGUAGCUUACCUACCCCAAUGGGGUUUUUCUUCAUCAAGUGUUGUUCCCUUUGAGAUUAUGAGCUGGAUGGAAAAGGGGGAGUUCAAAGUUUUGGCAUUUCUGUUGCAUUGCGCAUUCUCCAGCUGUUGAAAUCCAUAAACCUGCCUUUGGUAUUUUUUUGACUUUCAACUGUGAAUUAUAUCUAGUGUUUAUCCUUUUCAAAUUUUUAUGCUCCGUAAGAUUCUUCAAAGUGUAAUUCACAUACUUGUGCAGUGCUUAUGAUUUAUAAACCCUACUCGUUGAUAGGCUUCA